AUGAGAGAAGACCGUUGGGGCAUUGUUUUCAGUGAUACAGUUUCUUGUUCGAAUUUCCUCACUACUGCUCCUGUUAUUGUUACUCCUGAUUGGUCCUUGCCUUUUGAGUUGAUGUGUGAUGCUAGUGGUUUCGUGAUAGAGUUUGAUUUCGAGGUAAAAGAUCGAAAGGGGUCCGAAAAUCAGGUUGCUGAUCAUCUCUCUAGGCUUGAGGAAACUGGGCUUCCAGCAGAAGAACUUUAUAUUGAAGAUGCAUUUUCGGAUGAGAAAGUUUUGGAUGCUUCUAUGCAAGUGGCACCUUGGUAUGCGGAUUUUGCUAACUACUUGAUGACUGAGAGUGAAGUAUUAAAGAUUUUGAAGGCUUGCCACGACUCUCUAGUUGGGGGACAUCAUAGUGGUACGAGGACUGCUACAAAGGGGAAUAUUGGUAGGAGGCAAGAGAUAACUAUGAACUUCGUAAUGGAAGUUGAGGUGUUCGAUGUUUGGGGGAUAGAUUUUAUGGGACCCUUUGUAAGCUCUGGAGGUAUGAAGUACAUCUUGGUGGUUGUUGACUAUGUUUCUAAAUGGGUAGAAGCUGUGGCUUUACCUAAUAACGAAGCCAAGAGUGUCAUGGGGUUCUUGAAAAAGAGCAUAUUUACUCGUUUUGGUACCCCAAGGGCGAUAAUCAGUGAUGGUGGUUCUCACUUUUGCAACAGAUCCUUUGCGGGAUUGAUGGAGAAGUAUGGAGUCAAACAUAGGGUGGAAACCCCUUAUCAUCCUCAGACAAGUGGGCAAGUGAAAGUCUCUAAUCAGGAGAUAAAGAGUAUUUUAGCGAAACGGUGA